AUGAGGGCAGUGAUUCAGCGAGUUGCACAGGCUUCGGUUUCAGGCGGUGGAAAGACGGAGUCGAUCGGCCGCGGCCUCUGUGUUUUCGUCGGUAUUGCCCAGGAUGACACCAACGAGGAUGUCGACUUGAUUUGUCGCCGCAUAGCUGAGGUUCGGAUAUUUUCAGACGGAAGCAGCGGUGAGGGCUCGAAAGAGGAGCGCGUCCGCUGGGCGCAAAGUGUCAAAGACACUUGCGGUGAAGUGCUUCUGAUCUCGCAGUUUACGUUGCAUGCUGUUUUCAAAAGCAACAAGUCGUUGUCGUUUCACCGUAGCAUGGCCCCCCGAGAAGCAAAGGCCUUUUUUGAGAGAGUAUUCACGACCUUGAGAAGCAAAAUGCCCAAUCCCGAAGCCGUGAAAUGUUGUGUGUUUGGAAGUUAUAUGAACGUUUCCGUGGUAAAUGACGGACCAGUAACCAUCUUGGUGGAUACGAAGCAACCCAAGUGGUGA